CAUAAUGUAUAAAAAUCAGUAAAACUACAAGUGACUUGCCUCUGCUCAUUGUCACAUCGUGAGGCCAUCAACAAAACUCAAAACUCUGCUCUCUCGCCACAGAUAAUUGCAGAUAAGACCCAUGGCUACCAAUCUCGUAUUACCCGCUUUGUUUCUCUUUUUUACUCUAACAUAUGCUCUGCCCGAGUAUAAAAACUACACAUCGAUGGACGAAGAGAGGUUUCAAGUGUGGUGGACCUACGAGAAUGAAACAGAUACUUUCUAUUUCAAGAUAGAUGUAGAAGCUAAAGGCUGGAUUGGUUUUGGCUGGUCGCAACUCAUCUGUUGUGGAGAUUGGAUGUUCAAUGGAAUGGAUCAGUAUGAUGUUUUGGUUGGUGGUGUAUACAGCAACAAUGGAUCGGUUUAUGGCCUGGACUACCUGACGGUAGGAAGAAACCGUACCCAGUACCCCGACCGCGUGGACGCCAUCAAUGAUUGGGACAUCACAAGCGGGCGGGAGGAAGGGAACAGGACCAUACUCGAGUUUAACCGGAAGCGGAACACGUCCGAACCGGUCAACCUACACCGCGUCCCAAGAAAGGGUGAUAUUCCAGUGGUGCCGGGACUUCGCUACUUCGUGUGGGCGUACCAUAAAACGGUGGACACCCCGUAUCUAGACGAUCUUGCGUAUCGCCAUGACAACAAGGGACUUCAAGAAGUAAUGCUGCUGCCAUUGCCUAAAAGAAAGGAACCAGACGUGAGAGCCAGAACAACGACCAACACAGGAACCAGUAGUCAAGCAGAAACGGUCGCCAUAACAGGGCUUCUGAUGACAGCUGUGAUGAUGUCACGUCUGACGUGACUUCUUGACUUCUUAGACUUAUAAAAUAAGAUUUAUCCCAUCUAUGGUGUGUUUUCUAAUGAUAAGAAAAUAAGAAUGUAGUGCAGCAAGUAGAUUCCAAGAGUGACAAGACGAUGACAAUAAGAAAAAAACUUCCUAGAAAUUGGACAGCAACAGGAAAUCCCAAUAAAACAAAAACUCAAGGAACUUGAGGGGGCUUGAGAAGGACUAAUAUAAGAAGGGAGAGGGCUAGGUGUGACAAAAGAGUAAAACUUUUACUUUGCGCUCUGCCUGCAGAAAAUAAACAAAGUGAAUACAUAAA